AUUGCUUCAAAAAAUGCAAACACCCAGCAACAAACUUCCGAAAAGAAGCGGUCAUGUUGUAAAGAAAAGGAACAUAAAAUUGUUUCCAGCAGUAUUGCCAGUUUAAGUGGAACGACCGUAAUUGGACUGAGUUUCACUAGUGAUUUCGAAAAGCAAAUCGAUCAUCUUCGCCACAGAAAACGAAGUCUCGAACGUUACGCGAAGUCUGUUAAGCCGAAGGUCCAUAAACUAAAGCAGUUGCUUUCACAGUUGACUGUCGGCGACCCUGACCCUGAGGGGAACAUCAAGUUCGCUUCAGAGGGAGAUCCGUGGGUGUUAGACAGAACGGAGAAGAUCCUGCAAUCGUUCGACAAGAGAGACUCUGAGCUGAGGGACAUCGUCAAGGAGCUUAGGGAAAACAAUUCGGCCUUGGAGAAACGCCUGGCACAUGAAGAAGACAUGAAGGCAAAGGUGAAACAGCUGCAAACAGAGCUGCGAUCCAAAAUUCGUGAAGCUACCGUACUCAAUGUCAAAGUAGACGAGCUGACAGGUUUAAAAAUAGCCUAUGAGCAGCGUCUGGCCGAUUUUGAAAAGACGAGUGAAAAUGACAGCUUGAUUAAAGGAGGUGAAAGUCCUGGACUAUUGGAUGCAGAAAUACAAGGAAUAAAUGAAGUGUCACCGAAAAUAGACCAAGAUUUGGAUUUUGUGACGAUGAAGUUGAUCCCUCUAAUUAACGAAUUGUUCGACCUGAAGCAGUUCAGUCAACAUAUAUUAUCGAGUGAUCGACAAGAAAAAAAGGAUAUUCGGCAAAUUUUGAAGAUGCUGAGCGCUGUUUUUCGCACAAUGGGCAACCGAGAAAGCUUUAUGGAAUUUCUGGAUUUCGCUAAAUUGAUGUCUUCUGAAAACAAGCGCUUAAUGAACGAGAUCAAAGAGAUUGAGCAACAGCUGACGAAAAUGGAAGGGGAAUUAAAAUGUGCAAAAGAACAGCUGGCCUCAAAGGAAGAACUUACCCGUGAAGCUAGUGCAGCAUUGAUAAAAGACUUGUCAAAAACUUGCAAACUGCUGAAAAAAUUCAAGAAAAAAUAA